CUUUGUUCAACCACCUUCUCUCUCUUCUCCUUCAGUUCCUCUCCGUAAACUAAACCCAAAAAAAAAAAUGUCAAAACUGUUACUCUUCCACACUGCUCAUUCCACUCCCAGAAUCCACCCCAGAACUUUCACUUCAAUCCUCUCAAGGCCUCUUUUAGUCCCUUCUCUUUCCAAAUGCCACUCGCCUAUUUCUUUCUUUGCUUCAAUUUCUUCUCCAGCUCUCCACCCUCACCCCCACCUCCAAAGACAAAACUUUUCAUUCUCUUUUUCCUUUUCCACCCGAGCUUUCGAUGAUUCCUCAUCCUCCGCCGAGACCCAGAAUGAAAAAGCAGAAAAAAUUGGGAGUCAAAGUGGUGCAAAGUUUGAGGCUGAGGAUUAUCCGAGUGGAGAAGUGGAGUAUGAGAAGAUCAGUGGGUGGAGGAGUUUUGUUGUUAAGUUUAAGAUGCUUAUUGCAUUCCCUUGGGAGAGGGUUCGAAAAGGCAGUGUCUUAACCAUGAAACUGCGUGGCCAGAUUACGCGUACGUCCAGAGUGAGAAGUGUCCAAGAUCUAAAACUUGCUAAAAUGGCAUCUGGAUUGAUAUCUGAUCAGCUAAAGAGCCGUUUCUCUCCAGGACUAUCUCUGCCUCAAAUUUGUGAGAAUUUCGUAAAAGCUGCAUAUGAUCCUCGUAUUUCUGGUGUCUAUCUCCACAUUGAACCUCUGAACUGUGGAUGGGGAAAAGUUGAAGAAAUUCGGAGGCAUAUUUUGAAUUUUAAGAAAUCAGGUAAAUUUAUCAUUGCAUAUAUCCCUGCCUGUGGGGAGAAAGAGUAUUACCUUGCCUGCGCAUGUGAAGAGAUCUAUGCCCCACCAAGCGCCUAUUUUUCUUUGUAUGGUUUGACUGUUCAAGCAUCAUUCCUUGGAGGUGUUUUUGAGAAGAUAGGAAUUGAACCACAAGUGCAACGGAUUGGUAAAUAUAAAAGUGCCGGGGAUCAGCUUACACGGAAGACUAUGUCGGAAGAAAAUUGUGAGAUGCUUACUUCGUUGCUUGAUAACAUAUAUGGGAAUUGGUUGGAUGUAGUUUCUUCUUCAAAAGGAAAGAAACGAGAAGAUGUUGAGAACUUCAUUAAUGAAGGGAUCUAUAAAGUAGAAAAGCUGAAAGAGGAGGGCUUGAUAACGAAUAUACAUUAUGAUGAUCAGGUUAUCUCAAUGUUAAAAGAGAGGCUUGGAGUCCAAAAGGAUAAAAAUCUUCUUAUGGUUGAUUACAGGAAAUACUCCAAAGUUAGGAAGUGGACUCUUGGUUUAGCAGCUGGUAGAGAUCAAAUAGCUGUGAUCAGAGCUUCUGGUAGCAUUAGCCGUGUCCGGAGUCCAUUAAAUGCGCCAAGUUCUGGUAUCAUUGCAGAGCAAAUCAUUGAGAAGAUUCGUAGUGUCAGAGAGUCGAAAAGAUACAAGGCUGCUAUCAUCCGAAUUGACAGCCCUGGAGGUGAUGCUCUUGCUUCAGAUUUAAUGUGGAGGGAAAUCAGACUUUUGGCUGAAUCAAAACCUGUCAUAGCAUCCAUGUCUGAUGUGGCAGCUAGUGGGGGAUAUUAUAUGGCUAUGGCAGCUGGGACUAUCGUGGCUGAAAAUUUGACUUUAACUGGUUCAAUUGGAGUUGUCACAGGGAAGUUUAAUUUGGGGAAAUUAUACGAAAAGAUUGGCUUCAAUAAGGAGGUCAUAUCAAGGGGAAGAUAUGCUGAACUUUUUGCAGCAGAGCAGCGGCCUUUAAGAUCAGAUGAAGCCGAGCUUUUUGCCAAGUCUGCGCAGAAUGCUUAUAAACAAUUUCGAGACAAGGCAGCUUUCUCAAGAUCAAUGCCUGUAGAAAAGAUGGAAGAGGUUGCACAAGGCAGAGUAUGGGCAGGUAGAGAUGCAGCUUCACGUGGUUUGGUUGAUGCUAUUGGGGGGCUUUCUCGGGCUAUUGCCAUUGCAAAACAUAGGGCCAAUAUACCCCAGGACAGGAAGGUUACACUUGUUGAGUUGUCGAGACCUUCUCCGACACUACCAGAGAUCUUAAGUGGCGUAGGGAACUCCAUAGUUGGAGUAGACCGAACGCUAAAAGAAGUGCUGCAAGACUUGACGUUUUCAGAUGGAGUUCAGGCCCGGAUGGAUGGAAUCGUGUUUCAGAGAUUGGAAGGAUUGUCUAAUGCUACCCCACUCUUCAGUUUGAUAAAAGAUUACCUCAGUUCACUUUGAGCUUUAAACAAUUGCCUUGUCCUUGUUAUUUUGGCUCCUUUCUUAUAGUAAUUCUCAAGAGAGUAUUUUGAGUCAAUAAAUUUUUAGAUGGAUUCUUUAGACGUGGAAAUUUAUUUCUUCAUAGUAGUUAAUCCAUUUUUAUAAGAAAAGACAGAGACUGCUCUAUUGUUCACUAUUUUCGGAUAUUUACAGUAAUGGAGCAUUAUAUUUCUCA